AGAGAGUGUCUGAUGCCCAGACCACAAACUAACAUUCAUUAGUUGUACUGCAGGCCAGACUCUCACACACACUGUGUUGUCCCUCCUGUGUCAUGUGAUUUUUGCUCGGACAACUUGGAAGGCUUGCACUGCUCAGGGCUUAAGGCUGAGCUGGAGCCUAUGCCAGAUAGUUUAGUGUGCUUCAUCCUUCCUGGUGUGGGGCAGCAGUUUGCUGGUUUGAGUGACAGACACCAGUUCUGAGAAGGCAUCUGAACGGGGAGAUAACACUUGACCCGACUUAUCUCCCCCUCCCACUGCACAUCCACCGACCCCCAAACACCCGCCAGCAGACCACCCCCUGUGGCGUGAUGUAGGAUCCAUUGACUGAGAUGUCUCAUGCUAAAAGAAAAGGGAAAGCUGGGGGGGGACUUUGAGUCGUCUGUGUAAAGGCCAUCAGCGAGUCAAUAUGAAAGCAAAAGAAGCAGUCGAGGAGGAGGAUGAGUUUCUGAUAGAGUGAAGACGACAGCAGAAGAUGGAUGAGAGAAGCACACCUGUAUUCAUGGUCUUCCUCUUUUGUCUGGUUGCAGGGAUGCCAGCAGCUACAAACAUUCAGGAUGUGUGUGCCAGCUGCCACGUUAAUGCCACAUGUGAUGACAAGUCAGAUAACUCGGGAAAAGUUUGCAACUGCAAGUAUGGUUUUGUGGGAAAUGGAAGAACGCUGUGCCAAGAUAAAGAUGAGUGUCAGAUAGGAGCCACCAAGAUAUGUGGGCAGCAUACAUCGUGCCACAAUACGUAUGGCAGUUACUACUGCACCUGCCUGCAUGGUUACAUGGCUUCCAACAACAUGCCAGUCUUCAUCCCAAACGAUGGAACCCACUGCCAGGAUGUGAAUGAGUGCAGCGUGUCGGGACAGUGUGGACAAGGAGGUCAGUGCAGGAACCUCGAUGGCAGUUUUGACUGCAGCUGCCAGCUGGGAUACCGAGUCCACAAUGGGAAAGAACCCUUUCACCCUCGCAAAGACAAGGCGUCAUGUAAAGUGGUGGACUGUGGCCAGCCUGCAUUGCAGGAGAACAUGCUACUGCUCUCGGCAACAGGGACGACAUACGGAAGCGUGGCCACGUUUGUCUGUGGUGAAGGCUUUCUGUUGAGGAGUGGAAACAACACAUCACUGUGUGGAGCUGAUGGACUGUGGAGUACGACCACCAUGGUCUGUGAAGUGGUUGACUGUGGUCCUCCUCCUCCCUUCCCUCACUCACACAUGCUGUGGAAUAAGAGCUCAAAGAUGGGCACCGAGGUGUUUUAUCAGUGUAACUCUGGCUAUCAGCACACUGGAGAUAGCAAUGUCUCCACCUGCACCACCGCAGGGCAGUGGGAGGGUGCAUCUGUACUUUGCCAAGAGAUAUUAUGUGGCAAACCACCUACAUUGCCAGACACUGGAUAUGUGUGGAAUGGCACUUCCACUCUUGGAAGCGUAGUGAGCUAUUACUGUAAACCAAGGUUUGAUCACAGCGGGGGAAGUGCCAUAUCACUGUGCACGUCUAAUGGUAACUGGACAAAGCCAGACAUUUCAUGCAAAGAAGUUGACUGUGGCGCUCCUCCUGACAUCUCUAAUUCAGUCCGCUUAUGGGAUCACAUCUCCACUGUGGGCUCUCGGGUUGUUUAUCAGUGUGACUUUGGAUAUUACAGUGUUGGAGAAAGAAAUGCAUCAGUUUGUACCGACACUGGAAUAUGGGACAAACCCAUUCUGCACUGCCAAGAAAUCAAAUGUCAGGAGCCUGUCAUGAAAGCACAUACAAAAAGGCUAUGGGACGGCGCUGCACAUGUCGGCAGCAUGGUUGUCUACCAAUGUGAUGAAGGAUAUAACACAAGGAGUGCGAGGAACUACUCAGUAUGUGGAGAGAAUGGACUAUGGGAGGAUAUUGAUCUUUGGUGUGAAGAAAUAAGCUGUGGUCCGCCACAAACGCUCCCCAAUACUAACCUCCUGUGGGACCGCUCAACUAGUCCUGGCAGUGUGGCGCUGUAUGAGUGUAUCGGUGGAUAUUACCAGGAGAGUGGAGAUGAUAUUUCCACAUGUCAAACAUCAGGCGAAUGGGCAAAAGUGUCAUUAAAGUGCAAAGCAAAAUGUGGCCCGGUCCCCUUGCUCGCCCACUCAGACGUGGUAUGGCAAAACAAAAGUGUAGUGAUCCAUCGCUGUGUAAAUGGAUAUCACAGCUGGAGGGGCAGCAACAUGUCCUUAUGCAGCAGCUUUGGUGUGUGGCAGGUGGCUACGCUCAAAUGCAUAGAAAUCAAGCCACCCAUCGGUAAUCUCCUUUUUUCCAAUGAAAAAUGUCUUCAAUGGAGAGCAGAGAAAUAUGAAGAGGAUACAGAAAUUUACAAGGUGGCCUAUAUAGGAUACAGAGACUAUGACAGGGCCAAUCAUGACAAAAGGAAGCAGUUUUUGAGCUCGAAGGCAGAGUGGCUAGAGGUCUGUCUAAGUCUGCUUCCAGCCACAAACUACAGCAUCUCUAUUACGGCGAUGUCAACGGGCUUCACAGCCACCAUCACCAGCAACACCAGUUUAACAGUACCACCAGUACCAGAGGUCUACUAUAGAGAAUAUGAGACUCCUGCACCAACUUUGAGGCUGCACAGAUCACCCAAUACCCUCGACCCAAUAAGUUUGUACCAAGUGUUUGUACUUCCUAUAGACGACGUGAUGGUGUUUGACUGUUCCGCUCCCGUCAAUGGAGACGUCGCAAGCAAACAUGAUUCCGUGGAAGGACGAGUUAGAGCUCAGAUGCGCAUCAGCCAUGUCGGAAGGGAGAUUAAUUUUACUGUGGGAGAUGGUCUCUACCACGGAGGCUUUUUCAAUGCUCCUCUGGAGAAAGGCAGAAACUACUAUGUCAUCUUGCGGGCUGUCAGUCAGUGGAAAAAGGAUUUAAAAAGCUCCUGUGUCCUGUGGGCGAAAGUAACAGGUACAUCCUAUGUUGUGAAGGUUUCAUCGCUGUGUGCUGCUGCCGCAGUAGUGCUGAUAGCUUUAGCUGCUUUGCUUGGAUACACUUAUACCUGGUGUGUCAAGAAAACAUAACACCAUGCCUGCACAUAUUGCUCCAUUUUGUACAUAUUUGAAAUAAAAUCUGUGUUCGAU